CUACCGAAAAAAAGAGACGCCGACGGGGCAACGAAGAAGAAAUCCGUACACGGAAACGAUUCUGAAUCCGUUCUACUCAAUGCUUCUAAACCGCCAUUUAUUACACUUUUUCUUGCAUUUAUAAUGUCAUUUAACAAUGUGAGGGUUAUAAUGUGGGAUUUUCUGCGGAUGGCCGACGUCCAGCGCCGGUCGACGGACAAUAGAAGGUGAAAGCGCGGCUGUUUUGACAGCUGCCUUGUUCUCCAGGACUUGGACUGUGUUGACAUUGCCAGACAAGAAGCUCCAAGACAGCAAUUAUCAGCAACAAAGGACACGUUUUGGGCUUGAAAGAAGACAUUCAAGCAGGCGGCGACCAUGGCGACUCCCCGGCUGAAGUACCUCUCCCUGGGGGUGCUGGUGUUCCAGACCACCUCCUUGGUGCUCAUCAUGCGGUACUCCCGCACUCUGCAGGCCGAGGGCCCGCGCUACUUGGCCUCCUCCGCCGUGGUGGUGGCCGAGGUCAUGAAGAUCCUCAUCUGUCUGCUGCUCGUCUUUAAAGAACACAGCUACAGCGUGCGAGCUUUAAACAGCAUCCUCCGCCAGGAAAUCGCCUACAAACCCGUGGAAACACUGAAACUGGCCAUCCCCUCGGGCAUCUACACACUGCAGAACAACCUGCUCUACGUCGCCCUGUCCAACCUGGAUGCUGCCACCUACCAGGUCACCUACCAACUGAAGAUCCUGACCACAGCUUUAUUCUCUGUGUCCAUGCUGGGCCGCAGGCUGGGCGUCUACCAAUGGCUGUCCCUGCUCAUCCUCAUGGCGGGAGUGGCUCUUGUGCAGUGGCCGUCUGAAUCCUCUGCGACCUCAGAGAAGGAGGCUGCGGUGUCCUCAGGCUCCCAGUUUGUAGGCGUCACGUCGGUUCUGGUGGCGUGUUGCUCCAGUGGCUUUGCUGGCGUUUACUUUGAGAAGAUCCUGAAGGAGAGCAAACAGAGCGUCUGGAUCCGAAACAUCCAGUUAGGGAUGUUUGGCCUGGUGUUUGGCUUGGCCGGGAUGCUGUGCUUCGACGGCGAUAAAGUGAUGGAAUCGGGAAUGCUACAGGGAUACAACGAAGUCACCUGGACUGUAGUCACGCUGCAGGCACUGGGCGGUCUGGUCAUCGCGGCGGUCAUCAAGUAUGCAGACAAUAUCCUCAAAGGCUUCGCCACGUCGCUCUCCAUCAUCUUGUCCACGCUUAUUUCAUACUUUUGGCUUCAGGACUUUGAGCCUACCGGCGUCUUUUUCUCCGGAGCCAUCCUCGUCAUCGCGGCUACAUUCCUCUAUGGCUACGAGGUCAAGGCGGCCCCCAAUCCCAGCAGGGCGUGAGACGGGACAGCAGGACCGCCGCGUUGAAGACGACGAAAUGAGGUUAUAGGGGGAAAAGACGGGUUUGUUGGGGUUUUUUUUAGAGGCAGGAGGAUUUAGAAGGCUGACGAGGAAACGUUUAGAGGGAACAAAAAACACGAAGCACAACUGCUUUAAUCCAAAGUGCCUCUUCUACUCAAACGUCCGACCAGUUUGAGCAUCCGUCACUUUACUGUCACGUCAUUCCAUCUUCUGCAAUAAUAGCAGCCCAGUUGGUGCUUAUAGGGUGUGAGGCGUAGCAACUCCACUAGGGGGCCCUCCUCCAAGCUCACCAGAAUCAGUACAAACAAAUGUGACACUCAAUAGUAUGACUUCUUGUGGCUGGCAACUUUUUUUCGCCAGGCAACAAAUGACCUCCUUGAGCAGUAAUCUGUCCAUGAAAAAAAAUGCAACUAUAUAAGAUAUUAGUCAUUGCCGAUUGUUGUGAAUGUGAAUAAUGACAAAUUUACCAUAGACCAUUUUAUGUCAAUUGGUUAAUUUAUUUGUGUUUUAAUCAGGGUUUCGAUUACUGAAACCGCUACUGGUCAGAUAUUUUAUUUCUGUUAAUUAUGUGGGAUGAAACCGUUAUGAGAAAUGCAAAUGAAUGUAGUCCAGCUGUGUCUGAACUCACUGGCUUUUUAAUGCAGAUCAGAGAUUUUUUUGUUGAAUUGUAUGAUUUGUCUGUUAUUCUUCUUCUGAAACUAUUUUGUUUUUUUGUUUGCCUAAAAAGCGAGUAUUAUUAUGUUGUUAACGAAAUUACUACUAAGAGAAUCUUUUUAUAAAGUGACCAGAAAAUCUUUUGGAA